GAAAGUGACCUAACACUUGGAGACUUUGAGGUGUCCAUAUAAAGUGGCAUUAGCAAUUCAACUAAACUAUCAAUCCAUGAAUGAAUGAAUGUGUUAUGUGGUGGAAACUGGAAGCGGCUGGCUAAUCAACGUUUCUGCUGUCCGUUCUCUCCAUUUCACGGACGGGCCGCUGCCUCUGCAGUCAGCCUCUGCAAGAAACAUAAAUACAUCUAUAUCUACAUCUACAUCCACAUGGGAGCCGCCGGAGUGAUACUGUUGUUGGAUGUCAUAUUAGUACCCACAAGCCUCUUCAUUACAAUCGGCUACCACGCUUAUCUCUGGCACAGAUUGAGGCGUAAACCCUGUCUUGCCACCAUAGGCCUCAACUCGAUCAAAAGAAGAUCUUGGUUGCAACACCUCAACCAGGGAGAUGAGAAGAAGGGGAUGCUGGCCGUGCAAAGUCUGAGAAACACAUUAAUGGCGACUAUACUGACGGCUAUUGUGACCAUUACAAUAAGCCUGUGCCUGGCGGCUCUCGCCAAUAACUCCUUCGACGGAGCAAAUCACCUCCUCCCGAGCCCGAGGUUUCACGAGGGACCGCAGCCACCGCAAUAUUCCAGCACCAGCAGUAGUAGUAUACUUUUGGGGGGGCUACAAUCGGGGAAGAUCGUUGCACUCAAGUGUGGGUCGGCGUCCAUCUUGCUGUUGGCUAGCUUCUUGUGCAGCGCGAUGGGGCUUGGGUGCUUGAUCGAUGCCAACUUCUUGGUGAACGCCUUGGGGAUGGACAGGGAGUUGUCCUCCUCCCCGGACCCGCAGUACACCCGGAGCAUCAUGGAGAGAGGGUUCAGGUUGGCAGUGGUGGGGAACCGGGUCCUGUGCAUCACCUUCCCCCUACUCCUGUGGGUGAUGUUCGGCCCUAUCCCUUUGGCGCUCUCCUCUCUGGCUCUUGUUGGGGCACUCUACGAGCAUGACUUUCCCGCCACAUCGUUAUCCUCCAAACUCAACAACAACUAGUACUUCUCUACUCAGUCACUACUAGUGCUGACAGCUGAGUGACUGUAUUCGUAUUGUAUCCAUGCGACGCCGCCUUCUUUACAGUAUCAAUAAUCACUAGCAGUAACCAUACAGAUUUAAAGUUUCAUGUCAAUCCAAAUUAAGGAGAAUAUCUAUCUAGUCUAGGUAUCAAAAAACUCAAAUUUACUCAUCUGUUGAUCGUUGAAAGAUGAGAUACAUCGAAGCAGGGAUUCAAGAGUCGA